AUGAACUUCACAGUGGGUUUCAAGCCGCUGCUAGGGGAUGCACACAGCAUGGACAACCUGGAGAAGCAGCUCAUCUGCCCCAUCUGCCUGGAGAUGUUCUCCAAACCAGUGGUGAUCCUGCCCUGCCAGCACAACCUGUGUCGCAAGUGUGCCAACGACAUCUUCCAGGCCUCGAACCCUCUGUGGCAAUCCCGGGGCUCCACCACCGUGUCUUCGGGGGGCCGUUUCCGCUGCCCAUCUUGCAGGCAUGAGGUUGUCCUGGACAGACAUGGUGUCUAUGGCCUGCAGCGAAACCUGCUAGUGGAGAACAUCAUCGACAUUUACAAGCAGGAGUCUUCCCGGCCACUGCACUCCAAGGCUGAGCAGCACCUCAUGUGCGAGGAGCACGAAGAAGAGAAGAUCAACAUCUACUGCCUGAGCUGUGAAGUGCCCACCUGCUCUCUCUGUAAGGUCUUUGGCGCCCACAAGGACUGUGAGGUGGCCCCGUUGCCCACCAUUUACAAACGCCAGAAGAGCGAGCUCAGCGAUGGCAUCGCGAUGCUGGUGGCGGGCAAUGACCGUGUGCAAGCAGUGAUCACACAGAUGGAGGAAGUGUGCCAGACCAUCGAGGACAACAGCCGGAGGCAGAAGCAGUUGCUUAACCAGAGGUUCGAGGCCCUGUGCUCGGUGCUGGAGGAGCGCAAGGCUGAGCUGCUGCAGACGCUGGCCCGCGAGCAGGAGGAGAAGCUGCAGCGCGUCCGGGGCCUCAUCCGCCAGUAUGGAGACCACCUGGAAGCCUCCUCCAAGCUCGUGGAGUCCGCCAUCCAGUCCAUGGAGGAGCCACAGAUGGCGCUGUACCUGCAGCAGGCCAAGGAGCUGAUCAAUAAGGUCAGGGCAAUGUCGAAAGUGGAGCUGGCAGGACGGCCAGAGCCGGGCUACGAAAGCAUGGAGCCGUUCACCGUGAGCGUGGAGCACGUGGCCGAAAUGCUGAGGACCAUCGACUUCCAGCCGGGCGCUUCCGGGGAGGAAGAGGAUGAGGAGGUGGCAUUGGACGGGGAAGAGGGCAGCGCAGGGCCUGAGGAAGAGCGGCCGGAAGGUGAGUGCGGCCCGAGGCGCCUGGCGGGGCUGGCCCUACGCUCAGGUCCCCUCUUCUGUGAUGCCUUCCUGCGGCCCCAGGGAUGGCUGCAGGCCUCGGCUCCUGAAGCACAGGCGGGCACUGACCCGUCCCCUGUUGGAGAGCCCGCGCACCUGGGGCCUGGCGCUGGGGUCGCGGAGGACUUGCGCUGA